GUGCGCAUGCGCGGGGAUCGAAAACAAGGAAGUUGACGCACAUUCCCAUUGAUGAAAAACAAAGUGGACGUGGCCCCGUAGAGGAGCACUGUGCCACAGAUUACGACACCGGCGCCGUUAAUUAUACCCCGAGUGAAGCUUCCGAAUGAAGGCGGCCAGAGGGAACAUGUUGGGUGCUGGAACGUCCAACAACAAGGUCAAGUAUUCGCGGCUCGCUGCUGAUGACGACGGCUACAUAGACUUACAGUUCAAGAAAAGUGCGCCCAAGGUCCCCUACAAGGCGAUUGCACUGGCCAUAUUCCUGUUCGUAAUUGGCUCCUCACUGAUAAUCUUCGGGGCUCUUCUUCUGUCAGGAACCAUAAAGGUGGAGCACCCGGACCGCACCAUUCCCGUCAUCAUCAUAGGAGUGCUCGUUUUCCUUCCCGGGUUUUACCAUUUGAGAAUCGCCUACUACGCCGCGAAGGGUUACCGGGGUUACUCCUACGAUGACAUCCCCGAUUUCGGCGACUGAGCCGAAUGCCAGCUGCUGAUUGGUGGAGAGUCACUGUGUAGCCGGAGACUGUUCCCUGCUGUUUUACUCUGAAUCAAUGUAGCAAAGGGGGCAAAACUUCACAUCACUGUUCUGCUGUGGAGAACAGUGAUGUGAAGUUUAGUUGAUUUUUGAUGUCAUUAUUUGUUGUUUAUUCAAUGCUCUGGAAAACUGCUCCUAAAACUGAUGAGACAUUUUAGGACAGAUCCACACGGAUGCCUUUGACUUACUAGUCCUAGAAAGUCCAAGGGCUGGACAACAGGUGCUUUGUGCAUCUUAAACAAAUAUUUAUUAGCUCGUAGCCUACGGGAUUUAAUGUAAAGCUGGCGGGGGGGCUGUAUUCCUCCUGAUGUAUUAUAUUUGCAGUACUAUCCAAAGAUUGAACGCUUCAGUCUGUUUUAUACUGAACUGUGUUACUACGUUAAGUAUUGCUGUCUGUGCAUAUUCAUUUGUUUUUGAAUAUCAGAUAAGGAUGUAUUUUUUACGUGCAUUUGCUUAAAAGGAAAUAUAUAAAUAAAAGUAGAAAUCUGAUGUACAAUCUGAA